GGGUGGUGCCCAACGACGGCCAGUUCCCAAACGCUAAAGGGGUGCGGACCAGCUUCCUCUGCACGGGACCCAUGUGCCGCUACGCGGAGGACCUGGAGCCUAUGCUGAGGGUCAUGGCCGGUCCUGGAGUCAACAAGCUGAAGCUGAAUGAAAAGGUGUCGCUGGAGAAAAUCAAAUUUCACUGCAUGGAUCAUGACGGCGGGUCCAUUUUUGUGUGGCCUGUGGACAAGGAGAUCUUGCAGGCCCAAAAGAAGGUGGUGGAGCACCUCGAAGGCGAGCUGGGGGUCCAAGUUCAGCGUGUGGCAAUCCACAAAAUGAAGUAUUCUUUCCAGAUCUGGUCAGCCAUGAUGUCAUCCAAGGACAACGAUGGGCAGGAGGCACAGCUCUUCACGGACCUGCUGGGGGAUCAGGGGAAGCCGGUGUGGCCGCUGUGGGAGCUGAUGAAGUGGCUCGUGGGGAUGUCUUCCCACACUCUGCCAGCUAUCGCCCUGGGGCUGACGGAGAAGCUGAUGAAACUCAACCCUGGUGGGAAUGCCAAGCUGGUGAGCAUGGGGAAGAGCCUGCAGGAGGAGAUGGAGGCCCUGCUGGGGCCGGACGGGGUGCUCCUCUACCCCUCCCACCCCACCAUAGCUCCCAGGCACCACUCCCCCAUAUGCAUGCCCUUCAACUUCGCCUACACAGCUAUCUUCAACGUCCUGGGCUUGCCGGUGACGCAGUGCCCACUGGGCCUGAGCAGCGAGGGCCUGCCGCUGGGCAUCCAGCUGGUCGCAGCCUCCUACAACGACCACCUGACGCUGGCGGUAGCCCGGUAUCUGGAGAAGGCCUUCGGAGGAUGGGUUGUACCUGGGAAAGUUUAG